UGCGUCAGAUGUCGUGUUAGUUAUGUGCACGAAGCGCCAUGCCGGCCCUGAACAUCCACACUGUGGCUGGGGGAUCCGACUUGGAAGGCCCUGUGGUGCGGAACAACUUCCCCGAGGAGGUCUUGAAGCGCCUAAAGAUCGUCAACACCAAGCGCAACGAGCUGGUGAAUGAAUUCUGGUACGAUGAGAAACAGUGCUUCUACAGCCAAAGUCGUAUAGAAGACCUCGAAGGUGCACACAAAUAUGCAAGGAUUAUCGGCCUGGAUUCGAACCAGUCGGAUCUGAGCUCCGAGAUCCUCUCGGCCUCUUUGAUGGUCGCAGGGGUCACCUCCCAGCUAGCCUUUGUGGCUGAUGUUUGGAAUCAAGAAGUUCCGGCCUAUCAAGCGGACAAAAAGAAGUUUCGGGCGGUCUACACGGCCGUCUUCUUUUCGGGCAUCGGCAUGCAGUUUUUAACCACGCUCUAUACCACGAUAUAUCAGAUGAGGUCCAGCCGUUUCCAAGCAGAUGCAUGGAUCGGGAAUUGGUGCGAAUGGUUUUUUAGCUGUGGCAAGCUUUUGGUGCUGAACCUAUUAGGUGUCGUGUCGACCCUCAAGGGCUUGCCGAUUAUUUUGCAUCCCCGGAAAGGGGUGCAGCCUUUCGCGGCCUUUAAGGCGAAAGGCAGACGCAUGUUUGCAGUAGGUUGGCCCAACAAGGUCAUGUACAACUGGGAGCGGGAUCGCAGCAAAAAGAUGGGGCACGUCCGUGUGAUCAUGUGCGCCCUGCCGCUUUUCCUGCUGCAGGUCUUUUUGGGCGAAGGGAUGAAAAGCAUGAGCUACAUGGCCUUUUUGAGUGGUGCCCUGACUUUGUUCCAAGUGGUACGAUCCAUUUACUCCUUCGUCAAAAUAAUUUAUCAUGAGUGUCUAGCCAAGCAGUACUUGCGGAUGAUGACCGACGAUAAGUUGCAGAACGAGUUGGAUUUCCUGGAGAAAAACACGGAGGCUAAGCGAGAGCUCAUCGUGAACUACCGACUUAGAGAGGAACAUUUCAAUGAGACGAUCCCCGAGCAGGUCCAGAAGUGGGUGCGGACAGAAAAGAUGGCCGGCGCUACUGACGACGGCUCCAACAUCAUUUGCUGCCACCUGACCUGCGAUGACGACGACUUGGAAGACACCGACAGCGACAGCGACUUCUCGGACGACGCGCUACUUUGCACCUCCCCGAAGUUCAAGCGACGCAGGUGACGCAGGAAGCGAAGCUGUGAAAGAAGUGAAGAACACGAACGUGAAGAACAACGUGAUGUGAGCGGAAUUCCGUGAGCAGCUUGCUGGGCUUGCUACGCUUGCUGGGCAGAUCUGGCAGCGUACACUUUGCCAAGAGAACUUUUCCAGAACCAACAGUUCAUCCAUUCUGCAUCCCGCAAGAAGCGAAGGGCAGCGUGCAAUCCAAGUGAGACAAACUCAGCCAGUGACUGUCACAACUCAGAUUUGAAGGGUUUCUCUAUGUUUUUCACUCAGUCAAAAGCUGGGACUGACCACCACCAGGUCUUUC